AUGUCUCACAUCGACGCCCUUAAAUCCCCCCGGCCGCACCCCUUGCUCAACAAGCAACUGCUGGCGAACGGCAGCAGCGUCAGUGUGAACGAGAUGCCACACACGCCGUCCGGACUACGCGCGCAGCUGGGCCACCUUCUCCCUCGACAUGCCAACUUCCGCGCCCGCGUCACCAUUCAUCAGAUAGCCAGCGUGCCAUUCGUGAGCGGCGAGUUCGGGGUGCGGUGGAAGUUCAAGGGGGUGCAGAAUGCGCAGGGCCCGAAGCAGGGCCUGCUGGGGCGGGCGAAGGCGCGGCGGGCUGAUAAGGGCAAGGGUCGGGAGGAGCAUGGCGAUGGUGAGCGCUUCCUCGACGCCCUGAGCCCCGGGAGUUCCGCGAGCGGCGGGCCAUCUCCACACACUGCGAACUCGUCAAUUUCUUCGCAUUCUCAGCAUCUCUCUGCCGAUUGGAGCACCACCGCGACCUCGACGACCUCUGCGACGACGCCCAACUCAUCAGUGAUAACUAUGGGGCUGACGCCGUCGACACAUUCUGGCACGACGACGCCAGACUUGACUACCGUUCUACUUCCUGGAAGCACGACGCCGGCGCGUGGCAUGACAACCUUCCUACCACUCAAGGAGCACUCAGUUGUGUGGGGUCAGACGCUUGAUACAGUGCUGAAAUUCGACAUUGAUCGGGAGACGUUCCAAAUAAUGCCCAGUCCGCUGAAACUUGUCGUUAUGCAGCGUGUCAUCCCCGACGAUCCCCGUGGAUCGCCGCAGAACCCGCGUCUUGGUGCUGUAUACCUGAAUCUUGCCGAAUAUGUCGGACAUGGACCGGUAGAACGACGCUAUCUACUGAAGGAGAGCAAGACGAAUGCCACACUCAAGUUGACUAUCGAGAUGGACUAUGUGAGCGGCGAGACACACUACGUACCACCACCGCUCGCCAAAGGGGAGAUUUUGAACGGGAUCGCCGGCUUUCUCGAGAAUGACAUCGUCAAGAAGCGACCGCGUGCCUUGGACAUUUAUCAAGAACACGACGAACCCCUCAAGUCCGCCCGAGUACCGAAAACGGCGAAGUCAGAGCGCAAGGUGUCACCGCCAACCACCACAUCGCCAGAUACGGACAGCGACGACGAUUAUUACGGCUACUCGGAGGAAGAAGAGGAGUCGCCCAAGAUCACAGAAUCGGUGGAGAUUGCAUUCGACGUCCGGAAGCUCCCAGUCGCACAGGGCGUCAAGACCACUGAGACCCUCAUCGAGGCGCUGUUCAACCCGGUGAAGACCAACGAGAAGUCCCAGGAAACCCCCUUCACCAUCUACGAACCAUUUUCCGCCGGUCCCACCCCCACCGCAUAUGGACUCGGGUUAACGGGCAUCCCUAUCGACCGCCACGCCACUAUCACCGUCGGACAGGGCUACCCACAGCGCCGCACACACACCUCGCGCUACAGCACAAGUAGCAGCAGCGCCAGCCUUCGCACGACGUCCGACUCCUCGAAGAGUAUGCCUUCGCGGGAGAACAGUUUCUCACAAUCGGAGCAUUCGUCGUAUUCGGGCCCGUAUCAUGGUGUGCGGACUACGCCUGAAGGCCGGGUCGUGGUAGAUAAUAAGGGCCAGGAUGAGUCCACAAGCUCGCUCGGGGGGAUGAGGGGAUGGUGGAAGAGGGCUAUCGGGAGCCGACCAGGGACGCCUACCGCCGCCAGGGCAUAG